GGGGGGCCGGGCGGCGAGGGGCGGUGAUUGGGCGGCGCGGGCGCAGUGCGCGGAGCGCAGCGCAGCAGCCGCCAUGCCGGUGGACCUGGGGCAGUGGAGCGGGCCGCUGAGCCUCACCGAGGUGGAGCAGAAGCCGGCGCAGCCGCUGCGGGUCAAGUAUGGCUCCGUGGAGAUAGACGAGCUGGGCAAGGUGCUCACGCCCACCCAGGUCCAGCAUCGCCCCACCAGCAUUGAGUGGGAUGGCUGCGACCCCCAGAAGCUCUACACCCUGGUUCUCACGGACCCUGACGCUCCCAGCAGGAAGGACCCGAAGUUCAGGGAAUGGCAUCAUUUCCUGGUGACCAACAUGAAAGGCAACAACGUGGGCAGUGGGACUGUGCUGUCAGAUUACGUUGGCUCCGGCCCUCCCAAAGGAACAGGGCUGCACCGCUACGUGUGGCUGGUGUACGAGCAGCCGAAGCAGCUGAGCUGCAACGAGCCCAUCCUCUCCAAUCGCUCCGGUGACAAACGAGGGAAAUUCAAGGUGGCUUCUUUCCGCAGCAAGUACGACCUGGGGGUGCCGGUGGCGGGCACUUGCUACCAGGCGGAGUGGGAUGACUACGUGCCCAAGCUCUAUGAGCAGCUGUCGGGGAAGUAGGGAGCGGGAAGUAGGUGAAGCACUGUGCAGCACCCCUUGCGCCCCUGAAGCCCAGGCCAGCCAGAGCACAUCGCUGUAGUUCUGUUCGAUUAGAGAGUUAAACCCAACUGAUCCCGCACUGACCGCUGGAACCGUCACCCUGUCCCGAACCUGCUUUGUGUUGCCGUGGUCCAGACCUGUGCUGUGCUUCAGCUCUGUCGCCAGCUCGAGGAGCUGCUGCUGAGUGUCCCUGCCAGGGCACCGCUCCUGGCUGACCUGCUGAAGGGAAACCAAAGCCUUGGUGAAUCCCUGUCACUUCAGAGUGGCUGUGCUGUACUGAGGUGGCAGUGGCGAGGGGACAGAACCACUUUGGGGUUGGUGCUGGCUGUGUAGGAAAGGAGAGGGCAGUCAAAGGGAAACUCCCCUUAUUUCUUUUGUUUUUACGCUGAUGUAUUUGGCCAGUGCCGCCACUUCCCAACAUGAACCACUCUAGCGAAGGCGUAGCGGGUAGGAGGAGGCAGGGAAGCUGGUUUAUAGCACUACCUUCUGCUCUCUGUUGCUGCUCCAAGCUGGGAGACCACUUUGUUUUGUUCAACUUCUGUUAUGAUGUGAUGUUAACGUGCUGUUUGCUCACAGUGCAAUUAAAAACUUCCCGAGGCGGA